AUGUUGGUGGCUGAUUGCACAGCCAAUCAGAGAAACCCUUUCUGGUGCUUUGAUCUGAAUGUGAUCCUGGUACAGAUGAACAAGACGUGGGAGGAGCCUCUGGAUCACUGCAGGAGGCAAUACAAUGACCUCACCAGUCUGCUGUCUGAGAAUGAGCAGCUCCUCGUCCAGAGAAUGAUGAAUUCAAAGGGGGCCCAGACGGACCAUGUGUGGACCGGUCUACGCUUUUUCAGUGGUUUCUGGUUGUGGGUGAAUGGAGACCCCUGGAGAACCAGGCCUGGACUGGGAGGAGGUUGGCUAAGGCUGCCCCACCCAACACCUCCGCUGUGGGACCCUGGCCAGAGAGGGAGAGCAUUGGGGAACCAGGCCUGGACUGGGAGGAGGUUGGCUCAGGCUGCCCCACCCAACACCUCCGCUGUGGGACCCUGGCCAGAGAGGGAGAGCAUUGGGGGAACCAGGCCUGGACUGGGAGGAGGUUGGCUCAGGCUGCCCCGCCCAACACCUCCGCUGUGGGACCCUGGCCAGAGAGGGAGCAUUGGGGAAACAGGCCUGGACUGGGAGGAGGUUGGCUCAGGCUGCCCCGCCCAACACCUCCGCUGUGGGACCCUGGCCAGAGAGGGAGAGCAUUGGGGAAACAGGCCUGGACUGGGAGGAGGUUGGCUCAGGCUGCCCCACCCAACACCUCCGCUGUGGGACCCUGGCCAGAGAGGGAGAGCAUUGGGGAACCAGGCCUGGACUGGGAGGAGGUUGGCUCAGGCUGCCCCGCCCAACACCUCCGCUGUGGGACCCUGGCCAGAGAGGAGAGCAUUGGGGAACCAGGCCUGGACUGGGAGGUUGGCUCAGGCUGCCCCGCCCAACACCUCCGCUGUGGGACCCUGGCCAGAGAGGGAGAGCAUUGGGGAAACAGGCCUGGACUGGGAGGAGGUUGGCUCAGGCUGCCCCACCCAACACCUCCGCUGUGGGACCCUGGCCAGAGAGGGAGAGCAUUGGGGAACCAGGCCUGGGAGGAGGUUGGCUCAGGCUGCCCCACCCAACACCCACUGUGGGACCUGGCCAGAGAGGGAGAGCAUUGGGGAACCAGGCCUGGGAGGAGGUUGGCUCAGGGCUGCCCCACCCAACACCUCCGCUGUGGGACCCUGGCCAGAGAGGGAGAGCAUUGGGAACCAGGCCUGGACUGGGAGGAGGUUGGCUCAGGCUGCCCCACCCAACACCUCCGCUGUGGGACCCUGGCCAGAGAGGGAGAGCAUUGGGGAAACAGGCCUGGACUGGGAGGAGGUUGGCUCAGGCUGCCCCACCCAACACCUCCGCUGUGGGACCCCUGGCCAGAGAGGGAGAGCAUUGGGGAACCAGGCCUGGACUGGGAGGAGGUUGGCUCAGGCUGCCCGCCCAACACCUCCGCUGUGGGACCCUGGCCAGAGAUGGAGAGCAUUGGGGAACCAGGCCUGGACUGAGGAGGAGGUUGGCUCAGGCUGUCCCGCCCAACACCUCCGCUGUGGACCCUGGCCAGAGAGGGAGAGCAUUGGGGAACUAGGCCUGGACUGGGAGGAGGUUAGCUCAGGCUGCCCCACCCAACACCUCCGUGGGGACCCUGGCCAGAGAGGGAGAGCAUUGGAAACCAGGCCUGGACUGGGAGGAAGUUGGCUCAGGCUGCCCCGCCCAACACCUCCGCUGUGGGACCCUGGCCAGAGAGGGAGAGCAUUGGGGAAACAGGCCUGGACUGGGGAGGAGGUUGGCUCAGGCUGCCCCGCCCAACACCUCCGCUGUGGGACCCUGGCCAGAGGGGGAGAGCAUUGGGGAACCAGGGACUGGGAGGAGGUUGGCUCAGGCUGCCCCACCCAACACCUCCGCUGUGGGACCCUGGCCAGAGAGGAGAGCAUUCGGGAACCAGGCCUGGACUGGGAGGAGGCUGGCUCAGGCUGCCCCGCCCAACACCUCCGCUGUGGACCCUGGCCAGAGAGGGAGAGCAUUGGGGAACCAGGCCUGGACUGGAGGAGGCUGGCUCAGGCUGCCCCACCCAACACCUCCGCUGUGGGACCCUGGCCAGAGAGGGAGAGCUUUGGGGAACCAGGCCUGGAUUGGGAGGGGAGGUUGGCUCAGGCUGCCCCACCCAACACCUCCGCUGCUGCCCCACCCAACACCUCCGCUGUUGGACCCUGGCCAGAGAGGGAGAGCAUUGGGGAACCAGGCCUGGACUGUGAGGAGGUUGGCUCAGGCUGCCCCACCCAACACCUCCGCUGUGGGACCCUGGCCAGAGAGGAAGAGCAUUGGGGAACCAGGCCUGGACUGGGAGGAGGUUGGCUCAGGCUGCCCCACCCAACACCUCCGCUGUGGGACCCUGGCCAGAGAGGGAGAGCAUUGGGGAACCAGGGCCUGGACUGUGAGGAGGUUGGCUCAGGCUGCCCACCCAACACCCUCCGCUGUGGGACCCUGGCCAGAGAGGAGAGCAUUGGGGAACCAGGCCUGGACUGGGAGGAGGUUGGCUCAGGCUGCCCCACCCAACACCUCCGCUGUGGGACCCUGGCCAGAGAGGGAGAGCAUUGGGGAACCAGGGCCUGGACUGGGAGGAGGUUGGCUCAGGCUGCCCCACCCAACACCUCCGCUGUGGGACCCUGGCCAGAGAGGGAGAGCAUUGGGGAACCAGGCCUGGACUGGGAGGGAGAGAGGGAGAGCAUUGGGGAACCAGGCCUGGACUGGGAGGAGGUUGGCUCAGGCUGCCCCGCCCAACACCUCCGCUGUGGGACCCUGGCCAGAGAGGAGAGCAUUGGGGAACCAGGCCUGGACUGGGCCCCGAGGUGGGACCCUGGCCAGAGAGGGAGAGCAUUGGGGAACCAGGCCUGGACUGGGAGGAAGUUGGCUCAGGCUGCCCCACCCAACACCUCCGCUGUGGGACCCUGGCCAGAGAGGGAGAGCAUUGGGGAACCAGGCCUGGACUGGGAGGAGAGAGGGAGAGUUUUGGGGAACCAGGCCUGGACUGGGAGGAGGUUGGCUCAGGCUGCCCCACCCAACACCUCCACUGUGGGACCCUGGCCAGAGAGGGAGAGCAUGGGGAACCAGGCCUGGACUGGGAGGAGGUUGGCUCAGGCUGCCCCACCCAACACCUCCGCUGUGGGACCCUGGCCAGAGAGGGAGAGCAUUGGGGGAACCAGGCCUGGGGUGGGAGGAGGUUGGCUCCAGGGCUGCCCCACCCAACACCUCCGCUGUGGACCCUGGCCAGAGAGGGAGAGCAUUGGGGAACCAGGCCUGGACUGUAGAGGAGGUUGGCUCAGGCUGCCCCACCCAACACCUCCACUGUGGGACCCUGGCCAGAGAGGGAGAAAGCUUGGGGAAACAGGCCUGGACUGGGAGGAGGUUGGCUCAGGCUGCCCCACCCAACACCUCCGCUGUGGGACCCUGGCCAGAGAGGAGAGCAUUGGGGAACCAGGCCUGGACUGGAGGAGGUUGGCUCAGGCUGCCCCACCCAACACCUCCGCUGUGGACCCUGGCCAGAGAGAGGGAGAGCAUUGGGGAACCAGGCCUGGACUGGGAGGAGAGAGGGAGAUCAUUGGGGAACUAGGCCUGGGGGAGGUUGGCUCAGGCUGCCGCACCCAACACCUCCGCUGUGGGACCCUGGCCAGAGAGGGAGAGCAUUGGGAACCAGGCCUGGACUGGGAGGAGGUUGGCUCAGGCUGCCCCACCCAACACCUCCGCUGUGGGACCCUGGCCAGAGAGGGAGAGCUUUGGGAACCAGGGAUUCACAGGAGAGGGAGGAACUUCCUCUGUUUCUAG